AUGGAUAUAGUUAACAUCUCUUUGGUGACCGAAUUCAUUCUGGUAGGAUUAACAGACCAGCCUGAUCUCCAACUGCCCCUGUUCUUCGUGUUUCUAGCAAUGUAUCUGGUCACUGCAUUGGGAAAUCUGUGUUUGAUCAUUCUGACUGUGCUGAACUCUCACCUCCACACCCCUAUGUACUUUUUUCUCUUUAACUUGUCCUUUAUAGACCUCUGCUAUUGUUCUGUGUUCACUCCCCAAAUGCUGGUGAACUUUAUUUUAAGGAAGAAUACAAUUUCCUACGUGGAAUGUAUGACCCAAGUCUAUUUCUUCUGUUUUUUUGUUAUUUCAGAAUGUUAUGUGUUGACCUCAAUGGCCUAUGAUCGCUACAUAGCCAUCUGUAAUCCACUGUUGUAUAAUGUUGUCAUGUCUCCUAAGUUAUGUUUGAGUCUCAUGCUUGGUUCCUACUUUAUUGCAUUUUCUGAUGCUGUAGCUCACACUACAUGCAUGCUGAGACUGACCUUCUGUGAUGCCAACACCAUCAACCACUACCUCUGUGAUAUUCCUCCUUUGCUCCAGCUCUCCUGCACAAGCACGUAUGUCAACGAACUUGUCAUUUGUAUUGUUGGGAGCAUCAACAUCAUUGUUCCUACUUCAACUGUCUUUAUCUCUUAUGGUUCCAUCGUCUCCACCAUAUUCCGCAUCAGUUCCUCUGAGGGCAGGUCAAAAGCCUUCAGUACCUGCAGUUCCCACAUCAUUGCUGUUUUCCUGUUCUUUGGUUCAAGUGCAUUUGUGUAUUUCAAACCCUCCUCAGGGGAUUCUAUGAAUGAAGGAAAAAUCUUUUCUGUCUUUUAUACCAACGUGGUUCCCAUGUUGAAUCCCUUAAUCUACAGUUUGAGAAACAAAGAUAUUAAAGUUGCCCUUAGGAAAACCCUGAGCAGCAGGACCGUUUGA